AUGGAGGACCAAAUUUCGAAUCUACGGUCUAACAACAUCGAGGCCGCCACGCUAAACAGCCAAACUACACCCGCGGAACGCGAUGGAAUCCUGGAAAAGGCUACAAGCGGCUCGCUGAGGUUCCUCUACCUGACCCCAGAAUACUGUCAAGUCGCUAACAGCACUUUUUCGCGGAUCAAGAAACGCGUCGGCCAAAUCGCCAUCGACGAGGCGCACUGCAUUUCUCAAUGGGGCCACGAUUUCCGGAGUGAUUAUAAGAAGCUUUACGUCCUUCGCCAAGAAUUCCCCGGCGUUCCGGUGAUGGCGGUGACGGGCACGGCGACGCCGGAAGUGUGCGAGGACAUUCAGAAAAAUCUGCGUAUCACGAAUGCCAUCACCACAAAGACCGGAUUUGAUCGCAAAAACCUCUACCUGAUCGUGAAGCCGCGCAGCACGCUUGCAAUCGACAUGGGCGGCCUGUUGCAGGACAGCGAGCGGAUUGGCCCCAAUUUCGGUGGCCCGACGAUCAUUUAUUGUCCGACGAAGAAGGAGGUCGACGAGAUGUAUGCGUAUUUGCGAGGCAAAGGCGUUAGUUGCGACAGCUACCACGCCGGGAUGAGCGACGCGAAUCGGAAGAAGGCGCAUCAGGCGUUUAUUCACGACAAGGUAUCUACCGUGGUGGCGACGAUCGCAUUUGGAAUGGGAAUCGAUAAGCCAGACGUGCGCACCGUCAUCCAUUACGGAGCGCCGAAAAACAUGGACUCCUACUAUCAAGAAAUCGGACGCGCUGGCCGUGACGGUCAACCAGCAAAGUGCAUCACCUUCUAUCGAGACGGUGAUUUUGCGAAAUAUCGCUUCAUCCAGGCGCAAAAGACGCAAAACCCGACGUUCGCCCAGCACUGCGAGGACCUCGUGGAGAAGAUGAAGGAUCUGCUGAACACGAGCGAGUGCAGGAGAAGAAUGGUGCUCCGCCACUACGACCCGCGCUUCGACUUCGCCGAAAAGUCGCUCAAAGUGCCGGCCACCGAGGUGCUGCUGGCCGGCGUUCGCGGAGCUGCACUUUCGGGAGAAGUGGACACAGACUCGGCUGUCGAAGCCGGAAAAAUGGAACUGAUGAAGAAGCUCCGCGCCGCGUUGGAGACGAAACGCGUCGAGCUCGGCGGUCAAUGCAAUUUGCCGCCUUUCCAGCGGCCUGAAUUUGCUAACACCAUCUCAACAAUCGGCCGUUUCACAGUGUGCUCAAGCCGUCAUAAGCCGCCGAUCUACACGAUGCACCUCCAUUCCGGCGCAACGAUGAAAGAUCUGGCCCAUACGCGCGGGCUGAGCGAGGCCCUUCUUGCUGCAAUUGACGACAAUGGAAGAGAUAUCUUCCGGAUGAAGCCGUUGUUUGAAAAGCUGCCCGAGGGCACAGUGGACUACAACGUUCUGAAGAUGCUGCUUCGAAUUCUCGAAUUCGAGUUUUGGCACCACCAGAAUGACG